AUGAGACCCACAGUGGUGAAGAUGGCGCGGGUGUACGCGCCGAAGAUCAAGUUUGUCGGGACGAGACACCCGGUGUUCCCGCGGCUUGCGUCCGACGCCGCGGUACACCCCUGUGCGACGUCCGGUGUGAGACCUGGAUCCCCGGGGUGUAUCGCUGUUGAUGCGUUCCUGAAGAAACAGACGCCCUUUGUCGUGGAGAAGGUUCAGGCUCAUGCUCAAGCGCAGGCGCAGACGAAGGCCAUUCCAGGGAGGUAUACGUAUACUGACAGGCCGCUUGGUGAGAACGAGGUCGACUCGGUGUUCAAGCUUCCCGCCCGGUUCCAGUACCGAACCCUGGACGACGCGGAGAUCGAGGCCAUAAACGCUGGUGGGGCCACCCACUGA